AUGGAAUAUCGAGAUGGGCGUUAUUACACGGACUUGCCAUUUAGAGAGUCAGAUGUUAAACUGCCGAGUAACUGGCAACAGGCCAUGGACAGGCUUUUGGCUUUACGUAGGAAACUGAAGAAAUCAGAGGACUAUUGCAGGGACUACACCACUUUCAUGAACAACCUUCUGGAAAAGGGAUAUGCAGAAAGAGUGGAGGACUGUUGUAGUAAAGUGGAGGAGGGCAAACAAUGGUACAUUCCACAUCACGGGAUUUACAAUCCUAAUAAACCAGGCAAAAUAAGGAUUGUUUUUGAUUGCUCAGCUAAGUCAAGGGGGGUGUCCCUGAAUGACGCUCUAUUGUCCGGCCCGGUCUUGACCAACACUGUUGUAGAUGUUUUGCUUAGGUUCCGGCAGUCACCAGUAGGAAUCAUGGGCGACUUAGAAGCAAUGUUCCACCAAGUCAAGGUCACUGAACAUCAUCGGGACUAUCUGCGAUUUCUUUGGUAUCCUGAAGGAGACUUGGAUAGACCACCAGAAAUAUACAGAAUGACAUCACAUCCAUUUGGAGCAGUUUCAUCUCCAGCGUGUGCAGCUUCAGCACUUCGACAGUGUGCACUGGAUGGCAAGGAUCAGGCAUCUGAAGCUGUAGUGGAUUCUCUUAUCAAGAGUUUCUACGUUGAUGACUUUCUAAAAUCAUUAGGCAGCGAUGAUCAAGCUAUUGAUAUGAGGGAGAGCGCCACUGAAGUCUGUAGUAAGGGAGGAUGGAGACUUCAUAAGUGGAAUAGUAACAGUGAGGUUGUGAAUGAGGCCAUUCCACCAUCAGAGAGGUCGAAAACCUUGCAGCUAGCGAUUGAAAGUGAACAGCCUCAGCAGUCAGAGAGAGCACUGGGAAUCGUAUGGGAUACUGAGACAGAUACUUUCACCUUUAAGAUAAGAAUCAAGGAAAAGUCGGUUACAAGAAGGGGAAUCUUGUCAGUUGUAAGCAGCAUUUUUGACCCCUUAGGAUUAGCAGGCCCAUUUGUCUUACCAGCAAGAAUCCUUUUGCAGAGAUUGUGCAGGGAAAGGAUAGGUUGGGAUGAUGAGAUCGGGGAUAAGGAAGUUAGACAGUGGGAGCAGUGGCUGGUGGAUAUCUUGCAGUUGGAGAAUGUAUCUGUGCCGAGAAGUGUUAAACCACUUGAGUUUACAUCCAUCGUAUCUACCCAGCUACAUGCAUUCGCCGAUGCAUCGGACAGUGGUUAUGGCAUUGCAGUAUACACGCGGCUAGAAGAUGACGAAGGACGGAUUCAGUGUACUCUUUUGUUUGGCAAGGCAAGAGUUGCACCGAUCAAGAAGGUCACAACUCCCAGGAUGGAACUGACAGCAGCCAGCGUUGCAGUUAAAUUUGUCGCCAUGAUUACUGCAGCCAUGGAAUUGAAGUUCGAUAAGACAUUUUAUUGGACAGACAGUAUGUCUGUCCUAAAAUACAUUGCCAAUACAACAAUCCGGUUUCAUACAUUUGUUGCCAACCGGGUUACCACCAUUCAGGAAGGCUCAACUCUGGAUCAAUGGCGCUAUGUGCCAACGCAAACAAAUCCGGCGGAUGCAGCUUCUCGGGGUAUCCAACUCGGCAAUCAACAGGCUACCGAACAGUGGUUAUGGGGACCAAAGUUUUUAUGGGAGCCGGAGUCGGAAUGGCCUAAAUCCAAUUUCUCAAAGGAGCUGUUAGCAGAAGACCCAAACGUCAAGAAGGUGCAUGCUACCAUUGCAGCUGAGAACCCGGAGCCCAAUGGGGAAAACCAGACCAAGACAUGUACUGUUACCGUGGAUGAGUUAUUUGCCAGAUACUCAAAUUGGGAUCCACUGAAGACAACUGUGGCAUGGUUGCUGAGAGCACAGAAAGGGUUUAAGCAGCGUCGCAGUACUGAUAAAACACUAAGAGACACCACCAGGGACGAGUUGACACCGCUCACCUUCACAGAAUUGAAAGCUGCUGAGCUGGACAUUGUCCGCUACUUGCAGGAGAAACAUCUGCCGGACAAUGGGAAACAUCUGGGAUCAGUACAGAAACUGGAUCCCUUUCUAGAUGAUGCCGGACUAUUGAGAGUUGGGGGUCGGCUGCGACAUGCAAGGAUCCCAUUAGAAGUCAAACACCCAGUGUUAUUGCCCAAGGAUUCACCAGUGACUAGACUCAUUGUUAGGGAUGCACAUCAGAGAGUCGGGCAUCUUGGUUCAAAUAGUAGUCUAAAUCUGCUGAGACAGAGAUAUUGGAUACCACGGGCAAGCCUACUGAUACGGAGCAUCAUCAGCAAGUGUACCAUUUGUCGCAAAUACAGAGCAAGGCUAUUAGUUCAGAAAAUGGCCGAUCUCCCGUUGCAGAGACUUGAAAUGGAUCAGCCAGCCUUCGCACAGUCGGGUGUUGACUACUUUGGACCAUUUAUAAUAAAGAAGGGAAGGAACACCACACUCAAGCGAUACGGUGUAAUUUUUACAUGUCUUUCAACCCGGGCAGUUCACCUGGAAGUUGCCCAAGGACUCACAACAGACUCUUGUAUCAAUGCUAUUAGGAGAUUUGCUGCACGGAGAGCAGUCCAGAAACUAAGAUCAGACAAUGGCACAAAUCUAGUCGGAGCUUGUAAGGAAAUAAAAGAAGAACUGCGCAAGUGGAAUCAGUCCCAGAUUGGAUCUGCGCUACGUCGGAAGGGCAUAGAAUGGGAUUUUAACUGCCCUACAGCUUCUCAUCAUGGAGCAGCAUGGGAACGUCUCAUUAGAUCAGUCCGUAGAAUACUGUAUGGUGUUGCCAAGGAACAAGUUAUACACCUAGACGAUGAAGGGUUACAGACCCUUUUCUGUGAGGUGGAGUUCAUCUUGAACAAUAGGCCGAUCACGCGAGUGUCUAAUGAUACAUUAGAUGCACCAGCGCUUACACCGAACCACUUGCUCCGACUCCACCAAGAUCAGGCACCACCUCCAGGGAUAUUCGUCAAGGAAGACAAUUAUGUUAAAAGGAAAUGGCGCCAGAUCCAACAUAUAGCCAACGUGUUCUGGUGUCGCUGGAGCAAGGAAUAUCUCGUAGGGCUCCAGGAACGGCAGAAAUGGAGACAAGAACAGCGUUCUUUCAAGAAAGGAGAUAUUGUACUGGUCGCCGAUAACCACAUGCAACGAAACCAGUGGUUAUUGGGUUAUGUGAACGACGUCAAUGAGGACGACAAAGGACUGGUGAGAGUUGUAAGUGUCCAAACCGGGACAACUGUCUUAAAGCGCCCAAUCACCAAACUGUGUCUCAUCCUUGAAGCAGACUGA